CCCAGAGUGCCUGAAGAGAGUGGCACGGAUGGCGGAGAAGGAUGACACCCGAGUUUGACGACGAAGUGGUGUUUGAGAAUUCACCACUUUAUCAAUACCUACAGGACUUGGGACACACUGACUUUGAAAUAUGUUCACCAUUGUUGCAAAAGCCAGAAGAAUGUUCAUCCGAAGAGGAGCAAAAAGAGCUGGAUACAAGUGCUAUUCUCAGGCAAGACAUCCUGUCAAAACUAGCUGAGAGAUUUAAACGCUGGCUUCCUUUUUUACCAUAUAAGAAAAAAGAUGAUAUACUCUACCAGAUGGAUGUUGGUUUUCGAUCAGAGGUUCUCUGCACGAUCCUGCAACAGGAAGUUUUGCUGCAAGAGGAUGUUGAGCUGAUUGAGCUACUUGACCCCAGUAUCCUGUCUGCAGGACAGCCCAAGCAACAGGAACAUGGACAUCUUCCAACACUACACUCCCUAGCAACUCCUAAUAUUUGGGAUAUCUCACUGUCACUUGCCUUCAUCAGUACACUGAUCAUGCUUCCUUCUUGGUGCAAUGGAUCCCUGGGACUGGUGUGGGGAAUAGGCAUGUUUGUUUAUACUUUUGUGCGGAUUUUGGACACUUUGAGGACAGCUAAGCUGCAAAUGUCUCUGAGAAAACGCCAACUUCAGCUAGAAGAUACAGUGCUUAAUUGCCGAGCUUUCACUAAUCUUGUGAGGAAAGCUUUACGACUCAUUCAAGAAACAGAAGUCAUUUCCCGAGGAUUCACUCUUUUACUUGACAGGGUCAGUGCUGCUUGCCCAUUUAAUAAAGCUGGACAGCAUCCUUGUCAGCAUCUUAUUGGUCUUCGGAAAGCUGUGUACCGAUCAGUAAGAGCCAAUUUCAGAGCUUCAAGGCUAGCUACCUUGUACAUGCUGAAACACUAUCCACUGAAUUCUGAAAGUGACAAUGUGACAAACUACAUCUGUGUGGUGCCUUUUAAGGAACUUGGCCUGGGACUGAGUGAAGAACAAGUAUCUGAAGAAGAAGCUCACAAUUUCACAGAUGGCUUCAGCCUGCCCGCAUUGAAGGUUUUGUUUCAGCUUUGGGUAGGGCAAAGUUCUGAAUUCUUCAGGCGGCUGGUUCUUCUGAUGUCUCCUUCCAAUGCUUCCCCUAAGAAUCUGAUUACGCCGGAACGUUUGCCUCUUUGUGUAUUUUCUGAUGUGACUCAAGGUCUGCCUCAUGCUCAUGCUGCCUGCUUAGAAGAACUGAAACGAAGUUAUGAGUUUUAUCGGUACUUUGAAACCCAUCAUCAAUCUGGUUCUGAUCGUUUAAUCAAAACCAACCAGAAGUCAAGAGAGCUAAACCAUCUUCAUACUGCAGUGCGUAGUUUGCAGCUCCAUCUGAAGGCCUUACUGAAUGAAGUAAUAAUUCUGGAAGAUGACCUUGAAAAAUUUGUUAGUUCCAAGGAAAGCCAAGAACACUCUUUAGAGGCCUACCAAGUUGUAGAACAAAAACUAAAGCUGAUUCAGCCUCACAUGCAAGCUAGCAACAGCUGCUGGGAAGAAGCCCUUUCUCAGGUGGAAAAAGUGGUUCGAAGAAAUCGUGAUAAAAAAGACAAACCUGAGGUGUCAGGUGAGAACGAGCAUUGCACCAUGAUACCUUCAUUACAGCCUGCUGUACACAUAGAGGACAAAGACCCAAUUCCUGAAGAGCAGGAACUUGAAGCAUAUGUUGAUGAUACAGAUAUAGACAGCGAGUAUAAGAGAGAUGACUUUUAUUACUUUUCCCUGGAAGACAGAGAGAGACAAAAGCGUGAAAGAGAGGAAUCCAAGAGAGUGCUGCAGGAACUAAAAUCUGUGUUGGGAUUUAAAGCUUCAGAGGCAGAAAGGCAGAAAUGGAAGCAACUCCUGUUUAGUGAUCAUGCUGCAGUGAAACCCUUGCCUACUGUAGAGCUAGAAGAACCUAUACAUAUUUUGGCAUUGCCUAAGAAUUCAGACUCUGGCAGGCAGGACUACAGCAGAAAAGAGGGUGACAUAGAAGAGAGAGACUCCGAUCCAAAAUCACAUGCUACUAAGGAUGAGGAAGGCAGGACGGAAUACUUAUCUGAUGGGUCUGGAGUGAGGAAAGAAGACAUUACUGCUAAUGGUGACUCACCAGUGUUUGAAAGAAGAACAUGUUACCAGUGCAAUGGAGAGGGAGAAGAAUCCGAGCCAUCUGGUGUGGAUGGAGUGAAUGUGCUGCUGCCGCCCGUGGCAGAUGUGGUAAAACCCUCCAUGAGACAAAGGCUGGCACAGCUCCAUAUAUCAACAGAUUUCGGUUUCACAUCAGGUCUAGCAGCACAAGUUGCUGCCCGGUCACUUACAUUUACAACCAUGCAAGAACAGACAUUUGGAGAUGAGGAGGAGGAGGGGGAAAUACAGGAGAGUGAAGACAUGUUUGUAAAACAAAACAAAAGUGAAGUAAAGGACUGUGAAAAUGAAGGUUUAUAGAUUGUACCUGAACCUUGCCUGUUUGAAUAUUACAGAAGGCUAGUGGGAUACCUGAAGCAACACAAUGCAAAGAGAUUCAUAGUUUGAAAAUACUGAAUGGCAAAGAUAUGAGAUACUACUUGUGCUUUUUUAAAUUGUGAUAUCAAUUUGACUUUACUAGUCUUUGGUAAUAUAUAUACAUGCAAGUGUAACCAAGCUCAAGGUAUGUUGUACGGUUCUUACAUGUGUCAUGGAUGACUUUGUGGAAUUUCUUUUCAUACUUUAUUUAUAUAACAAGGCUUUUCUUCCUAACAGGAAGAGCAAAUUGUCUUUGUCACUUCCCAAGUACUGACUUCAAUAAGAAUAGUAACAGUAAAACUACUUGAAAUUGUUCUUUUACAAGAAUAUAAAUGAUAUAAUGUAUGUCUCCCUAUCAGCUUAACUUCAACUGUAAUUUCUGUUUGGUAUCAAUAAUAGGGGCUUUUGUUGUUUAUGCUGGUUCACCUGUCUCUCAGCCUAAAAAAAGGAAUGUUUUUACAUUUUUUAAAAGGGAAGCCAUAAAAGGUGUGUCUUGGAAUACUAGUCUGCACUAAUAUAGGGAUGUUGGCAAAGAAUUACAAAGUGGCGGGGGGGGGGAGAUAUUAUGCAUAUCAUCUUAACUUCUAGACAAAAUCUUUUGAAUCCUUAAUGUAUAUGCAGUGGUUUCUCCAUGUACAAAACUCUCCUAAAUUGUCUCUUGUGAUUACCAGUAAGCCCUUUAGUAGGUAGAGGAAGAUAAAUAGGUUUCUAACAAAUCCGCCCUCUGAUAUUUGUUUCCAUUAAUGUCCUUCAGUGGAUGAAAAAAAAUUGCUUCUUCAGGAUAAGUAACUGGUACUUAGUGACCUUUCACUUUCAGUUUUUACUUUGUUUUUGUCUUGGGUAAUUCAGAUUCUUGUUUUGUUGUUUAGUUUUCAGCCUGGGCUACAAAUAAGUUUUCAUAUCGGUCACUUCUACAUCUCUCCCUCCAUAAUUAAAGAGCAGUAUCUUCAGUUGACUCUUCUGGGAGCUAAAGGCACUACACAAAGGGUGCAGCAUUUCUUGCUGCAGCAUGCAAAAUAGUGCUUUUACAUUCAGCAUUGGUUUAUUUUAAAUAUUUGUACCUUGGCCUCAACCAGACUUCUUUUGGGGAUGGUUUACAAAAAAAUUCCAAAAUACAAAACUUACUACAGUUGCCUUCAGCUUGUGCCCUUUGGGUUAUGAGUUCAGGUAAGCCUUUCCCUAUGCCAAAGGCGCUUGCAGGAAACCUAGCAAAUACUUUACGGGAGACAAUCGGUUCUGUGGUAAGAGGUAUCAGAAAUCAAAUGAAAAAUUAAACAAACAUGAAAUUCACAAUGAACUGAGGACUGGAUGCUUCCAGGAGUUGUCAUUUAUUUAUUUGGUUUGAUUUAUUUUCUGAAAUUGUGGCUGCCUUAACUGAUUCCUGAAGGCCAUUUAGGGCAUAUGUAAAUCCAUCUUACCUGAAAGCAUGUGGGACUCAUGGAAAGGUGCGCCAUAUGGAAUGUUCUUUUACUAUGAAGAAUGGAAAAUUUUCAUGCUUUAGUUUACCAUACUAGUCAUAUGUAUAUCAUUAUCUGAUGCAUUAAUGUCAAGCAGCAGGCCUGAGCAAGGUCUUAAUGCAUUUGGGGUUAGUCAUGGGUGAGACAAAUCUUGCACUGACAUCCCAAGAGUCUAACUCAGUUAGUCCAUUGCAUAUAGAGACAAGAGGGGAAAAAUGCUUUUAAAAUAGCAGAUCUGAGGAAAGGAACAAAUAAUGCAAGGAUUAUUGAGACAGUUCAGAUUUGUGUCCUGGCGGCCAGCCAGGAUGCCCUGUGCAUACAGGUGCUUGAUGGUUGCCAUUGUUUUCUUCCGUACUCCAGACAGGGUCUCCUCCACAUGGGACUUAUCCAGCACCAGGGGGACACCUUUGAUAGGGUCCAACUAGUAAAACAGGUAUAUCCUUCAGUACAA